CUACCUCCUGAUACUCAAAUUCGUUCUUGCCAGUCUGCGGUUCCAACGUCCGUAACGUACUCUGCGACUCUGACUAUACCCGCGACCACCUCAGUACUAGCCUAUUCUAAAGCGCCUGCUCCCACCUUUGAUGGAAUUGGGACUACUUCGGUUCCUUUGGACCGCCAGUCUCAUUCAGCUCUAUGCCCUGGAGAUUCUGGUGCUGGCCCUCAUUCUAGUGCAGGCAUAACCACAAGCAGUAGCAGCACAAAUACUUCACUUACUACAGGAUUGUCCGUUUGUGCUGGUUGUGCCUGUCCCUAUCAUCUAACUUGCCUUCUUGAGGAGGCCUCGGUCCCAGGCUUAUUUGCUGAGGGUGGGGAUUCGAACAUCGCAAUUGGCACUGGCGUCACUACCACUUAUUCUAGUAAUGCCAUUCUUUCGUUUAACAGUAGAAGGAGACGAAGCGGAACUCUUAAUUUAUCCAGCAGUGCAGCUUCUUUAGCACAGGUUUCCAAUGAUGCGAACGCGACAUCUCUACCUGUCUCAUCCUCCUGUAUUCCUAGUUCCUCACCACAGGUCUCAGCCAGUGGGAUGCCUCUUCCUGCAGGCGGCGUUGGCGGCGGUCACUUUGGUCUUGCAUCGUCGCUAGGUAACAUCACGUCGGCCAGACUUGAGGCAACUCUAGGCAGCUUGAUGAUAUGUAGUACUUGCCGUCAUAUCUCUCAGAUUUCGAGGAACUUGGAGCUCUCUAUGACCACUUCUAUUCCUAUAGUCUUACCUUCCCCAGCUCUGAUCAAUCUUCUUUCAUCCGGGUCGAGGGGGGCGGCUUCUGUUGCAUCUGGAAAUGCUGCUUUUGCCAAGGUUGUAUCACCUCGUCUUGCUGGGCGCAAAGUCGCCCUUGCAACCAGGCGCUUCAAACCAUCGGGAGGAAAGGCUUUUGGAUUACUUGAAUCAGAAGACGCAGUACAUCCUGAGUGUGGAGCAAGUGAAGAUAGUGAGGAGAAGAUCGGCCAAACCUAUUCAGAUGACGUAGAUGGGGCUAAGGUCGAUGCAGAUUAUGAUGAUGAUGUAGAAGGCGAUGUAGAGGCUGCGUCCGCUGAUGCUGGCUUUGUUGGCGACUACGAAGAUGAAGAAGGGAUGGGAGGGGUUGUACAUGGGGAUGCGGCUGGGCUAAGCGCUACUACAUCUUUGGACAACGGUUAUUCUGCGGAUGGCAUGGUUGGACAUUCUGGACUGCCAAUUGAGAUGAUGGGAGAAGAUGGAGACUACGAGGAUGAGGAGGAUUUCAACGAACAAGAAGACGAUUUUCCAGAUAAUCAGUCACGGCUGAUGGCAGACGGAAACUUGGCACGAGAGUUCAAGUCUAGACAGGUAGGUUGA